CUUCCGUUUCCUCCUGCCUCCUGAGCUGGGGUGCUGCUUCUCACUGCCGGGCACCUCCUAGCCACUCCAUACCACUGGUGACCGCAGCAACGCUCCUGGCCCCCAACUGUCAUCACUGGCUGCUCGGCCUCAGAUGCAAUGCAGGCUAUUAAGUGUGUGGUGGUGGGUGAUGGAGCCGUGGGCAAGACGUGCCUUCUCAUCAGCUACACCACCAAUGCCUUCCCCGGAGAAUACAUCCCCACUGUGUUUGACAACUACUCAGCCAAUGUGAUGGUGGACAGCAAGCCCGUGAAUCUGGGCCUGUGGGACACUGCAGGACAGGAGGACUAUGACCGCCUCCGGCCACUCUCCUACCCACAGACAGACGUGUUCCUCAUCUGCUUCUCGCUAGUCAGCCCGGCCUCUUACGAGAAUGUCCGAGCCAAGUGGUUCCCUGAGGUACGGCACCACUGCCCCAGCACCCCCAUCAUUCUGGUGGGCACCAAGCUGGACCUUCGAGAUGACAAGGACACCAUCGAGAAGCUGAAGGAGAAGAAGCUGGCUCCCAUCACUUACCCGCAGGGCCUGGCACUGGCCAAGGAUAUUGAUUCAGUGAAGUACUUGGAAUGUUCUGCACUCACCCAGCGAGGCCUGAAGACCGUCUUCGAUGAGGCGAUCCGAGCAGUCCUGUGCCCACAGCCCACUCGACAGCAGAAGCGCCCCUGCAGCCUACUCUAGGGGUGUCACCUCAGUCCUCCCACCCCGAUGGUCCUGACCCUCCAGGGCCCCCACCAAAGCCCAGUGAUGUGCUGGUGGGACAUGCUGUCUCCUCCGUGUGGUGUUUUUUCCCAGUCAGCUGCAGAAUUUGCCUCUCUCCUCCACAAAGGUCCCUGGGGAUGGGAGGAUAACGACAGGCCUCGUCCUAGCUGGAUUGCUCCUGUGUUCCCAGGGACCAGCAGGGAGCCCCAAGACGCAGCCAUCCAUUCUCAUGUCAUACAGAGUCAUACGCCCACCUGCUCCAGGCCUUGCUGAUUCCUGUCUGGAAGCUUCCAGUCUACAUGGCUUGUCGCCACUGUGUUCGCCUUGUUGGAAACCCCCCUUUCCCUGAACCAAAGGGAGAGAUGUGGAACUCUGCUCCUCUCUUCUCCUUUUCCAGAAAAACACAGAAUAAAUUUAUUUCUGUAAAUCUCUCAUCUGCCCAGCCACGUGAGGGUCUGAGCUCAGGCGACCCCUAUUGUCAAGGCUUUCUAUUCAAAGGGUAAAGCUGCACUUUCUUGGAACUGCCCACCUCACCUGCCAGUCAGGACCUAAACCAUGGCAAAUGGAAAACACAGCUCUCUUGCUUACGCAGAAAAUAAAUGUGUUGAUUCUCGGUGGA